CACAGCAAAAGAAAACCCUAGCCAACAUGGGCUCAUGGGGCUCUGGUAGCAGGGUUCUUUCAUUGCUACCUAGAAUUCCUGGUUUGGGCUGGACCUGCCCACCCCACAGGGUGAAAGUGAUUAACCACUGGAACAAAUGACCAAAGGAAGUGGUGGAUUCUCCAUCUCUUGAUGUCUUCAAAUAAACACUGGAUGCUUUUCUGACAAAUAUACUUUAGACAAAUGCAGGUCAGAACUGGGUAAUGGGGUAAAAUGCAAGGGACUGUGACAUACAGAAGGUUAGACUAGAUGAUCUCCUAGUCCUUUCUGGCCUUAAGCUGUAUGAAUCUUCAGAACUCAUCGUGCAACCACUCACACAUAUUUAAUAUUAAGCAUCUCAGUGGUCCCAUUGACUUCACUUACUCUCUUUCACUAACAGUCUUUAAAAGCCUCUGUGGGUUUAGUCCUUGUGGGAGGGGCUGGGCUGUAAAUAAAAUGAUGAAAGCCAGGAGGAUCCUUAAAAAACAGGAGACUAAUGUAGAAACAUGUGUUCAGGCAGCUCAGUCAUUGGCCUGAUUAUCAGCAAGGCUGGACACUCAGAACAGACCCAAUGUGGCAGGCUCAGCAUUCUUGAAGUGCAGGCCACUUAUUGAGAGACUUGACUAUGGAUUUGGGACUUAACUUUGGGCUGUUUUUUUGUUUUGUUUUGUUUUUUAGUGUCUUGGCUCAAGCAUUCUCCAGGAUGACAGAGUCUAGAGUGUCUAUUGGCAGGGAAGGAGUCUAGGGGAAAUCGGGGUGUGUAAUGUAUUAAACCCCUUCUGAAACCUUCCCUAUCACCCUUCUCACUCUGACAGGCUGCAAAAUAAAAUCCACAUUUGCUCCAGUUCAUCCCAUCCAUGGAGAGACAAGGAAGGAAAAUGGCUGCAGCGGAGCCAGUGACCUUCGAGGAGGUUGCUGUGUAUUUCAGCGAGGAAGAAUGGGCCCUGCUGGACCUGGGUCAGAGAGCCCUGUAUAGGGAUGUUAUGCAGGAGAAUUAUGAGACUGUGACCUCACUGGCAGGAUUUCCAGUUUCCAAACCUGACGUGAUCUCCCAGCUGGAACAAGGGGAGAGGCUGUGCAUUUCCAAUCUCCGGGACUAUGAGGAAAGGGAGAUUCUGAGAGACCCCCACACAGCAGGUGAUGGGAUGGUGAGUGAGAACGAGGAGGAAAAUCCUCAGCAGGAAGGUCCUGAGCAAAUGGAACCACAGGGGACAGUAUCAGGAAGAGCUGAAGGGCAUGGUUCCCAGAGUCCUGAGCAGGGAGAAGCCUGUGAAAUUCAGCGGAGACCAAAAAGGAAGCAGGGAAACCACUCAGAGGAGAGACUGGGUAAAUCCACUCACAAGAGCAGAGGCAUCAAAAAAAUCAAAGAAACUGUUCAACAGAGAAUCCCCACUGGAGAGAGUCCCUACUCAUGUGGUGACUGUGGGAAAAGCUUCAGUCAGAGCUUAACCCUUAUUCACCAUCAGAGAAUCCACAUGGGGGAGAAACCCUACAAAUGUAAUGAGUGUGGGAAAAGCUUCAGUGUGAGCUCAAAGUUUCUAUUACAUCAGAGAACUCACACAGGAGAAAGACCCUAUGACUGCCCCGUGUGUGGGAAAAGUUUCAGUGUGAGCUCCAACCUUAUUCAACAUCAGAGAAUCCAUACGGGAGAAAAACCCUAUAAGUGUCCCGACUGCGGGAAAAGCUUCAAUCAGAGUUCAAACCUUCUGUCACAUCAGAGAAUCCACACGGGAGAGAAACCCUUUGAAUGUCUCGAGUGCAGGAAAAGCUUCAGUCGUAGAUCAACCCUUCUAUCACAUCAGAGAAUCCACACAGAAGAGAAACCCUAUACCUGUGCUGAGUGUGGGAAAAGCUUUGGUCACAGUGCACAUCUUACUAGUCACCAGAGGACCCACACAGGAGAGAAACCCUACAAAUGCAGUGAAUGUGGGAAAAGCUUUAGUCAAAGUUCAAACCUUUAUACACAUCAGAGAAUUCAUGUGGGAGAGAGACUCUAUAACUGCCCUGACUGCGGCGAAAGCUUCAGACUGAAGUCAACUCUUGUUACUCACAAGAGAAUCCACAUGGCCGAGAAACCCUUUAAAUGCCUCGAAUGUGGGAAAAGCUUCAAUGCGAGCUCAGCCCUUAGGAAACAUCAGAGACUCCACAGUGGAGAGAGACCCUAUAAGUGUCUUCACUGUGGGAAAAGUUUCUGUAGCAGCUCAGCCCUUUGUAAUCAUCAGAGCACCCACCUUGAGGACAGACCCUACAAAUGCAAUGAGUGCAGGAAAAGCUUCAGUCAAAGUUCCAACCUUAUUCAACAUCAGAGAAUCCACACAGGAGAGAGACCGUAUAACUGCCCCGACUGUGGGAAAAGCUUCAGUCGGAAAUCAACCCUAAUUAAGCAUCAGAGAACCCAUGUGGCGGAGAGAGACUCUCUAAGUGAGCUAAAUGUGGGAAAGGCUUCAGUGAGAGCUCAAACCUCAUUACACAUCAGAGAAUCCACACAGGACACAACCCCUAGGAAUGGGUCAUGUGUAUAAGACCUAUUGAGUACCAUGAACCUCAAAGGGUCAGGCCAGGCUGGAGUGGCCCUGUAAUGAGGACCUGCAAUAGUUAGUUAUUAAAGCAGAUUAUGAAAUCACAUGCCUGGAACAAAGCUGUGUAGGCCAAGAGGCUGAGAUAAGAUUCCCAUGUUGUGAUGAGAUUUGUUUAUUGCACUCCUCCCCCCCCCACACACUCCAACACAUACCUCACCAUGUACCCCUUACAUCCACACCCCACCCCCACCCAUAUACAUCUGACCCACACCCCUAGAGCUAUGAUUCCCAGUGGGGGGCGGGUGCUGUUUGCUCAGGGGAACAACAUCCUUGACUUCCAAAAGAAAGUGAAAUUGUCUUUCUACAUGCUUCAGGACAAGAAAUGUUCUUCCCAUACUUUAAAGCUCCCUCUCUCUUCUCUGGGCCAUCAGCUAAUCAGAAGGAUUUUUAAUAAUAUGCAAGAAGGAAUAGUAAUAGCAUAGCUACAGGAAGGGAAACUAAACCCAUCUGAAACCUAACCUGUACUGAAGUCCACUCCGAACCCUUACCAAUUCUGAAAUAAGGAAAAAAAUCUUGCUCUUCAAAUAGCCACGACGAACCCAUCAGUGAAAUUUAUAAUCUUAAAAAAUAAAAAGUGGAAUGGCUCAUCAAAUGCGUCUGCUCGCUUUUAAAAGAAAUAAUGAGUCCUCUGGCUGUCAGGCAGAAAUGAGGGAGAGUUGCAGAACGGGUGUUCGUGAAUCAUGCUGGGCAGCAGGAGGAGCCAUAGUCAAAGCACAACAAAAAAACCUGGAGAAAAAAAAAACCCUUUCUCAUAGAUUUGUAGAAUUGCAGGGCUGGAAGGGACCUUGAGAAGUCAUCAAGUCCAGCCUCCUGCUCUGUGGCCAGUGGACCAAGUAAACCUCGACCAUCCCUGACCGGUGUUUGUCCAAUUUGUUUUUAAAAGCUUCCGAUGAUGGGGACUCCUCGACCUCCCUUGGAAGCCAACUGAAGAGCUUAACAACCCUUAUAUUUAGAAAGUUUUUCCUAAUAUCUCACCUAAAUCUCCCUUGCUGCAGAUUAAGCCCAUCACUUCAUGUCCUACCUUCAGUGGACACGGAGAACAAUUGUUCACCAUCCCCUUUAUAACAGCU